AUGACCAGCCAAUCCCAUGGAAUCCAUCAUCUUAUACAGGCAGAGAAAAAGGCCAAGGAAAAGCUCGAUGAAGCUAAAAAACAUAAGUAUAAUGAUCUAAACUAUCCCCUGAUAUAUCGCAUGAGAAACAAAGAGACCCAGACGAUAACAGAACAUCUUCAUCCAGACAGGAAUAAUGACGAUGCCUCUGCGAGUGCCACUACUAGUGAUGGAGAUGAGGCGAUUCCCAUUACAGGUGUUAGUGAUGCACUUUCUGAUCCUGCUUUAUGGCCCACUCUAACACCCAAAAUUCGAGAUCUGCUAGUGACCAACAGUCCUCCAAAAAUCCAGACCAUCAACAGUGACUUCAACCAAAACAAAGAGAGCGUUCUGAAGCAACUAAUUGACUUGGCUUGUGGAAUCAAGGCUGAGAUUCUAUCAAGGAUAAAAAUAAUUGUACUCUGUAUCAAACUGUAA